AAUGUCACGCAUAAAUCAAAAUAGACUAUACUUUAACACUUUACACUUUUAUACAUCCAAAAUCAAAAUCAAUCAUGCCUAUAUUUUGCAAUGAUGAUUCUUAGAAUUAAAGUAGUUGUCCUGGUGGCGCCAAAACAUUCUUCCCCAACCAACUUCACUCCAUUUAAAUUCUCUUAUUUAACUACUUAAAAUCCUAGCUUUUACCCGAAUAUCCGCUCAUCAAUUCUCCGAUCUGCCGCCGUCAGUUCACUUCCGACUUACAAUAUCAAGAUUAACAAUCCAGGAGGAAUAUAGCAUCGUCUUUACAAGAAACCGAUCCUUAGAUACGCUGGUUAUAAAGACUCGGUUGAUCAUAUGAUCAAAGGCAUCAAUGUGGUCGAAUUCGAAUAGAGUGUGUGUAAGCGAACCGAAUCAAAAGAUAGAGAAGAAUGUCGGUUCUCGGUAUAAAUCACCCACACCGAGGCGUUGUCCUUCCCCUUAUACGCCGAAAACAUGUACAAAAACGCCCCUGCCUGUUUCGACAAGACCAGUAUCCACCGAAAGAAGACGGCCCACCACACCACAAUCACCAUCACCAUCACCAUCACCAUCACAUUCACACCCGUUUACCCCGGUCCAUGAGACAUCUGUUAACACAGAACUGGCAGCCCGAAAAGUGGCAACGAGUGGUAAACUACCAGAAACGUUAUGGCCUUCAAGAACACGAACGCGUAGUCUAAGCGUUUCGUUCAUGUCGGACGCCUUUUCUCUUUGCACAAGUAAACGAGAAAAACCGCCACCUCAGGUGCUUUCUGACCGCACGCUGAAACCGUCAUCAAACGUAUCACAAAAACGAACGGCAACACCCGAGAGAAAACGAAGUCCACACAAAGGAAAGAACGCCGUCGUUCAGUCAGAAAAUCGGUUGCCUAGCAAAACCGGUUCGAAAGUGUUGACCAAAAGCAUUGACAUCCCCGAUAAGCCGAUGAAAGCUUUCAUCGCACCAAAUCGAAACGCCAGAAUACAGCUACAAAAAUCCGCAAGUGAUCCUGUAACCGUGAAGUUAGAAUUCGACAAUCUACAGAGAAUGUCGAAUCUUAUUUCGUCAACUUUAACAGCAAGAUCUCAAUCGUUACCAGCUACUGGAGUCCGGGCGUCUUCACCCAGUAAACAAUCUGGGCUGGGCCUAAAAUCAAGGCCCAUAAGCCCGGCUCCUUCUAAACGGGCUAGUCCUUCUCGCAUAAGGCCAUCUAGCCCGUUGAGACAAGCCUGCAAUUCAAACUCAAACAGAGUUUCUGUUCUUACAUUUGUUGCUGACAUUAAAAAGGGAAAAAAAGUGGCUGAUCAGAUUGAAGAUGCUCAUUAUCUACGGUUACUUUAUAACCGGAAAAUUCAGUGGCGCUAUGUUAACGCCUGUGCCGAAGCUGCCUUCAAGUUUCGGAAAUCAACAGCUCAGAAAUCUCUAUAUAACGUGUGUAGAAGUACCUCCGAACUCCACGAUUCAGUCGCUGCAAAGCGGAUUGAGCUCGAUCAGCUGAGAUUGAAGUUAAAGCUAUACGCGGGUUUAAACCAACAAAUGGCCUACCUUAAUGAAUGGGCUAAAAUCGAAAACGAGCACAGUCUUGCAUUAUCGGGUGCUAUCGAAGAUCUAAAGUCGAGCACUCUCAGACUUCCUGUAACAGGCAGUGCAACAGUAGAUGUUCAAACUGUUAAGUCGUCUCUUCGGUCAGCGCUCGAAGUAAUGCAAACGAUGGGGUCCACUAUGCAGUCUACGCUAUCUCGGUUGGAGGGACAUAACUGUUUGGCAUCUGAACUUGCUACUGUAGUGGCACAAGAAAGAGCUCUUCUUGAUGAAUGUGAAGUUCUAUUGACUUCUGCAGCUUCUUUGCAGGCAAAGGAAUACAGCCUUAGGACACAUCUAGUACAAAUGAAACAAGAGUUGACGCUUAACCUGCUCGAGCCUUGAAGCAAAGCAAUAAUGUUACUACUUAGCGAUAAAAAAGUUAUAUUGAUGAACCCGGGAUUACGCUUUUGUCAUAUCGUGUGUGAAGAAAUGUAUCGACACACACGGUGUAGGACAAGACAUGAUGAGUGUAUAGAUUUCCUAAGAAGCGGAAAAUUGUAACAUGACCAUCAAUGUCAAAGUUGCUAAUAAAUAGUGUACAUAUUACUUAGGUGACUAAAAGUUUACAAUAUCUUUCGGUCCUUAUCUUGUUGUAAUUGGUUUGUAUCGAGAGCUCGCGUCACAUCUUCUAUAUUUAACGUACGCACAUAGGUUUCUGAA